CGACGGUCAUCAAGAAGGACACCACGUAAUACGGUUUGAGAAGCCAUUUGUAGAUCUGGGGUAGAUGGUAUAAAAAGGUGAAGAGUCCGGUUAUUAGAGCCAUGUGGACGGAGACCACAGCGCGAGGCUGAGAGUGAAGUGACAGCUGAAGAAUCAAGGGAACGGAGUGCACUGCGCAUGCGCCGGGAAAUGCGCGUUUCGGUAUUUGUGGGUCCAACAGCUCGCCGUAGAUUUGGCGGGAGAUGUGAAAUGUAAACACUGCAGACGAGACCGAGUAGCAAAAAUGGAGGAAAGUAAAGAUACAACACAGAAUGAGGCUGCAAACAACGUCAGUUCAAAGGAGUCUACCCAAAACCAAAGUACUGACGCUUCGGGAGAAGUUUCCUCACAGAUGUCUGCGGGAAAACCGUCCGAGAAGACCGAGCCUCGGUUCAACAGGCUGAAGUUGUUCGAUAAGGUGAUACAGAAAAGCAUGAACAAGUUCAUCGAGCAUAUCAGUUUCAACAGAUUUGCCAGCAUGUUUCGUCCACUGUACAAAGAGAACCCCCAGAGGAUGGAAAGAAUUCAUGAACAGUUCAUAGAGGACUUACAAAAGAGCAUACAGGAGGACAUUAGCAAACUGAUUGAAGAAGGACGACUGGAACUCAAACUGAAUGAGCUGGACAAAUUGGAGAGCGCUGCCAAAAGCAAUCCAAGCCCUGCAUGGCGACCAACUGGGGUCCCUGAGAAAGACUUUUGCAGCUUUCUGGUGCCGUAUUAUCAAAAGCAGGAGGCCUACAUGCUGCUGAAGCUGAAGAAGAUUAAGGCAGAGAACGCUGCGCUUGCACAGAAAGUUCAGGCUGGCAGAGACAGUAUUACUCAGACUGAACAUUCUAUUUCUGCUGCGGUUGAUGAAUGGAAGGCAUCGGUUACAGAGUUUGAAACACUGGCAGCGUCUCUCCAACCUGCUGAUGUGUUCGAUGUUUGACCCACAAAGGAUUCUUGUGUAAACUAUCUUAUCUGUAUAUUUUACGUUUGUUUGCUGCACCUUGCCUGGAAAUA